AUGAAGACGAAGAAGAAGCCCACGCGCAAGCAGAAGCUGUCGCUGCUGGCCGAAGAGCGCUCCAGCAAGUGCAAGCAGCGACCAGCGAGCGCGACAGGAGCCACCGACGGGACGUCGCUGUCCGUCGAUCGGUUGACCGCGACGCGGUGCAGCAACAAGCGAUCGCUUGUGCACGUGCCGCUACGCGAUCGACAGAGGGACAACGAGGAUGUAGUGGUCAUGGAGGGGCAGCUCGUUGUCGCCGAGCAGGUCGACUGCGGCCAAGUCCGACCGAACCCGCCAGUCUUUCGGACGCUCGGUCUGAUGCACUGUUUGUUGGUGCGGAAGAGACUAGGGCUGGUGCUUGAGAUUGUGUCGAAGGACAGCCGUAGUUCUCUGGAGCUCCAUGCAGACGCCCUGGACUUGGUGAUGCAUGAGCACUUUGACAGUGAAUGCAAGUUCCAGCUGAGGUGUCGACCGCACGGCGUAGGUGAGAGUGGCACCGAGCGGCGAGCCUCAUCGUACGUCUUUAUGACGUCAACAAAGACAGAGCACGUCGAGUGGCUGAGUAGGAUUAUUGCACACGAAGUGGGUGAGAACUGCACCGACCGAGAUAGCUCUAGGCGCGAAUCGGUUGCAGAGAUGGAGCGACACGAGCGCCUGAGCCAACAGCAGCCGCGGCUACCUCUUGGGCAAUUUAUAUACACGACGUCUCCAAAAACCAAGCACUUGGUGCUUGUACGUCAUGGUCAUUACAUCAAUGCUCAUGUGCCGCAAGCAUCGGACUCUCAGCAGGUCCUUUCACAAAUGGGAAGGCAGCAGGCCGAGCUGACCGGCAAACAUCUGAAGGCCGUCCACAACCGGGAUCCGACCCGACACGACGUGUCCAUUUACCAUAGUGACAUGACACGGGCUGUGGAGACUGCUGCUAUCAUUGCCACUGACUUUGAGGAGGUCACGUUGAGUCCGAGCUCGUUGCUGCGGGAAGGAUGGCCGGGCAAGCCUUAUUCGUCCGCUUUUGAUGUGAGUGAGACCACUGCUGCACGCGCGUAUGUUGUCAUGCAGCGAACUCGAGUGGAUGUAGAGCGCAUGGAAAAGGCGUUCCAGUGGUUCUUCGUUGACUCGAGUGGCGCGCAGGAAGAGAACAACGAGGAGUCGUACUGCAUCCUCGUGUGCCACGCGAACUUGAUCCGAUUCUUCCUGUGUCGUGCGCUAGGCAUCGACCCUGCGACCACGUGGGGACAUUUCGAAGUCAACCACUGCGGCGUCACGCGUAUCGAUGUGUGCGCCGAUCAGCCGAUUAAGGUGAUUGCAGUGAACGAAACUGGCCAUCUCCCGCAGUCCCUCAUCACGUCCAGCGAAGAUCAUUUGUGA